GAAACAAAUGGCUGACAGCCUAAAUUACCUCCGAUCCAAACACGGUUGGGCGCAAACAAAUCGUUUUGUGCUAAGAUGGUUCAAUUUAAACGAGGCGCCCAAAGCAGCGAGAGAAACGGGCAUGACGAGUACUGUGUCACGGAGGCCGCCUAUCUCCGCAAAGCCGAAGCGCUCACAAAGAGCGGCUUUGAAGACAAAAAGAAGGUCCCUUGCUAUGGGCGUUACCAAGAAAGGUACAGAGAAUGAGAAAGGAUUAGAUGCAGUCCGGAACACAGAAAUGCAAGAACACGCCGCGGUAACUGUGAAUUUAAUUUCAACAAGAGCGGUAAACAGUGAUGAAGAAAUGGAAGAAAUCGGCGAGGACCCAGAGGGGGAAGAACGGGAAGCCGCCGGUGGAGAUGACGAAGAAAACGAAGAUCAGGACCACAGCGAUGUUGAAUCGUUUGAUUUCUUCACAGAAUCGUCCAGCGAGGUGUCGGAAGAGGCAGUUCUGUUACCGAAUAUUUUAAUCCCUUGUACAAGGUGUCAUGAUGUUAUUAACAUAUGUCGCCUGCCAUGUCACCGGAAUUUGCACUGCGCGUUACAAACACUCAAGUACGCACAGGAUCAGAGGCCAAAAAACAUCAGCGCUUUGGUCAGGCGAAGGAAACUAUUGAUAAAACAGCAACAAGAUGCCAGUUCAAAAAGACGACAAGAUCCCUUUGGUGACAAGCAUUUGCAUAAAUUAAACACGGCGUUUGAGUUCCUAAGAACAGAACUUCAAGGAACCACAGAUUUGCGAUAUCUUAGUGAAAGGGUAAUUGAAGAAAUAAAAGUAACUGGCGAGAGCUUCGAUUUGUCUUGCGCAAUUGCAGCUGGAGUUUGCGAAGAAGCAAAUAAAAGGUGGAAAAACAUGGAGGAUGUGCACAUCCAUAAAGACAACUUUUUGAACAACAUAAAUAGCGCUUUUUUUGCGAUCUAUGACGGGUACAGCGGUAAAACCACUGCACUUAAGUGCAGUCGACAUCUUCACGUGUAUUUGAAAGAGGAGCUUGACUCUAUUGUAACAAAGACAAACACGAGGCCGUCGAAAAAAGAGGUCUCCUCAGCCUUCCGUUCUUCUUUUGCAAAAACUGAGAAGUUGCUACUCAUGUCAGAGGAGGAGCGGUCGCAAAGUAGAUGGAGUGGUUGCUCAGCAGUCACAUGCGUUUUGACAGAUGAUAUGUGUUUUAUCGCAAAUGCCGGGAAUGUGGGCGCCAUUUUGGUAAGAGACAACGAUGUUGUUAAAGUACUCACAAACAAGCACGAUUUGUACAACAAGAAGGAACGCGAGCGUGUGAAGAAGUCAAGCGGGGUCAUAGUGAAGACGGAAAAAUGCGCGCUUAUAAACGGGGCCCUCAGUGUCACAAGGGGCAUUGGGAACAUCGGAGAUAUGGCCUUAAAGAGAUGCAUUAUUAAUGAGCCUGACGUCAGGACUAUAUCCUUAGAUCCUACAGAUCAGCUUCUAGUUUUAGCUUCUAGUGGAUUUUGGAAGAUGUUUUCCUACGAAGAAACUAUUCAUCUUGUCAACGGCUUCUUUGGACAAAUAAGAAGGGAGGCGAAACAAAAGAUUAUUGAAGGAGAAAUAGUUGAUAGAACUGUGUCUGAAAUACACAAUGAACAUCUGUCUAACGCAGAGUACAGAACAAAGCUUUUUUUUAAGAUGGCCGGCGACCAAUUUAAUGAUACAUCCUCGCCAUCUGUUUUUCCUCCGGACGACGUUGCUGGAGGAUUGGCACACAGUAAAAGCGAAGACAACUUGAGUAACUUGAUAGCACACUACCAAAUUAACCCUUGCGUUGAAACAAACAGAGACACGAGUUCUUUUAACACUAAAGGAGAACCCAUUCAUACAAGUCACAUAACGGAUCCCCCGCCUAUCGAUGACGUCAGUUCCAUAUAUACACGUCAUCACCGAUUCUCUUUACCAGAUUUUAAAAUGUUUAAUUGGCUCAAAGGCGGCGAAGUAAAAGGAUUAACAAGACCGGAAAAAGCGCGUCUUCUAGCAAAGAGUUUGGCAGAGAGGCUUGUUAAGAGCGCGUUGUACGCCGAGUCCAUGGACAAUAUCACAGUCUUUGUUGCUCUUUUACCUGGAUUUUCUAUGGUUAACUGGCAGAUGGUGACACCCGACAUCUUGGAAGCUUUAGACGAGUUUAUGGCCGAUGAUGACCUUUUCGAAUGACGUAACGUGCCGAUGCAUGUCCUAGGAGUUGUGUGAAGACCUUGGUUGGACAUCCUCAAAAGACCUGAAGUUUAUUUUUCCGGUGCAAGCGUGACCUAUGACAAGUUAACACAAUAUUAUACUCUCUUGUUUACUUAUGUUUGAAGUUGGUCAGGUCAGCUUUGCAUGACCGCUGCUUUUGCUUUAUAUGUUGCAUGAUCUUGCAGUAAGCUUAGAGUUUUGUUUUAUAAAUCUCGGUAGAGUACAUUCAUUUAGGUUGCGUGAUUCACUGUUGUCAGUGUUGCAGUCUUUUCCCUUUAGAAUAGAGGGAGAAAUGUGAGCCAGGGGGAGUUACGGGAAGGCCUGGGGCUCAGCCCACGCUUCUCGAAAGGAAGAAGACUGCUUAGUUAGCAGGCGACAUUCACUAUUCUCGUUUCUAAUCAGGAUUUUCCGGUUUCCUAUCAGUUUCACCACGUGCAAGUCAAGUUGAUUAUUGGAGAUAGCGAGAAUGUUAGCGAGAGAGCGCUAUAUGUAGGCAUGACGUUCAUUACUUCGCGGAUGCCUGAUUCGAUUCUCGGAUCUGCCAAGAAAGACAUCACUACAAGGAAUUAAAUACGAAUGACCAUAAUGAAAAGAAAAUGUAGAUCGCUGUAGGAAAGACAAUUUGCGAUUGAAUUCAGGACUUUGUUGAACAAAAUUGUUAACAGUCAAUAACUGAUCCGUGUUGACAAGUUGUUGUUGACAUUUAUUUAAAGUAUUAAAAACAGUUUCAAGGAAAAAUGACGCAUACAAUGUGAAGCAUGCAUGAUUAUCAUAUGGCAGUUUGAAGCACUUGGACGCGACCGUAGUUUGUUACUAUUCAAAUGAGAGCCUGAGCACUACUUUCCUGCAUCAUUGCAUCAUUGCUUUUUUAAAUUCCACCUUUUUCUUAAUAAACCACACAUUAAAGGAAACUCGGUUUACCAGUAGUUAUAUACAUUUUCAGUAUAUUUUGCAGCGGAAAGUCGAUUCAUAAAAAACUUCCUGGCCACGAAUACCGAUGAAUCGAUGUCCUUAAUACUUGUCAAGGCAUGUGUAAUGUUCCAUUGUGUUCCUUUCAGUUGCUUCACAAGUCUAUUGAUCUUGGCUCUCUCCACAUUUUAGAUCCGUGUUCACGUCACCUUACACCAAGCUUGUAUUCCUCAACAACAGACUCCAGCGUUUCAAAUGCAUCCAGAAAGUCAUUCUAAAGUGAUCAAGAGUUACGAACAGAUUUAAAACAAAUACCACAACCUCAUAAGUAAAGCAUUUUAGUGGAGCGAGUAGAGUAGUCUGAGGGUAAAAAGAAAGGGUA